AUGGGACGCACGAUUGUUGUCGGCCAGCGCUCGCUCGAGCGCGCGGGCCUCGCGUUCGCCGCCACGGAGCUGUGGCGCGAGGGCGACACCAUCGUGCUGGUCCAUGUCGCGGCGGUGCUGCCGCCGUCGACGGUCACGCUGCACAGCGCGCCGCAGACGACCUUCUCCGUUGACCCCCACGGCGACCUGCCCAAAGAGCUGCUGGACAAGGUCACCAGUGCUGUCCGCAGCAGGGUCGUUGCUGGAAUCGAGGCACCGGGAGCCGUGCAGCUGCCUAUCACCCUCAAGGUGGAGCUGCUGCCCAGCCAGGAGUGGGGCGCCGCGCUGGCGCGCGACGCCGCCGACGCGAUCGUGAACGCGGCGAGGGGCGCGGGCGCGUCGGUGCUGGUGCUCGCGCGGGACGAGGAGGACGGCGCCGGCGCGGCGGACGACGGCGAGGGCGGGGCGCGGCCGGAGGCUCCCUCAGGGGUCGAGGCGCUCCCAGCACCCUUGAAGGCUGCGGCGGGCGUGGUGGAGCGCGUCGUGGCAGACGUGCAGCGCGUGGGUGGAGAGCUGGGCAAGCGGCUGGUGCAGGGGGCGCCGCUUUCGGAGGAGGUGCUGAGGCGCGCCGACGGCCUCGCGGUGGUGUUGGUGCCGGCUGGCUUCGGCGGGGAGAGGGACGCGGUGGCCGCAGCAAGGAGCGGGGCGCACGGCGAGGGAGGCGCGGGCGAGGCGGUGCCAACCGGGGUUGAGGCCGGGCUGGACGACGGCAGGGCCUGA